GACGCGCUGCCCCUGUGUUUUUGUGUUCUCUGCUCUUCGGGAAAGCCGCCUGAAUUUCUUUACUUGGCCAGCGCCCCCACCUCCAGGCCAAGGAGACCCAAAAUCCUCUAACAAACGCUGGGCCAGAUAGUACUGCGACGGGGCCGUUUCUGGAGCGAUUCUGAGAACAGUGACAUUGGCAGAGGAUAGCAAGACGCGACAGACGCAAUCGCCAGCGAGGAAGGCAGGCCCCAUCCCGGGAUCUUAGAAAUCCUGCGGUCCAUUAUGAAGUUCCAGUAUAAGGAGGACCAUCCCUUUGAGUAUCGGAAAAAGGAAGGAGAAAAGAUCCGGAAGAAAUAUCCGGACAGGGUCCCAGUCAUUGUGGAGAAGGCUCCGAAAGCCAGGGUGCCUGAUCUGGACAAGAGGAAGUACCUAGUGCCCUCUGACCUCACUGUUGGCCAGUUCUACUUCUUAAUCCGGAAGAGGAUCCACCUGAGACCUGAGGACGCCUUAUUCUUCUUUGUCAACAACACUAUCCCUCCUACUAGUGCUACCAUGGGCCAGCUGUAUGAGGACAACCAUGAGGAAGACUAUUUUCUGUAUGUGGCCUACAGUGAUGAGAGUGUCUAUGGGAAGUGAGUGGCAGAAGCCCAGCAGAUGGGAGCACCUGGACUUGGGGGUAGGGGAGGGGUGCGAGUGGGGCUUGGGGGAAGAGAGGGAAAGCUCCCACCACGGAGGAAACAGAAGGUGAAGACAUCGGGAAACAUUACACUGCACACACUGUCAUAUUUUCACAUGCUCAAUUGAUGUUUUUUGCUGUUUCUUCAGCCCAAGGAGAAAGUAUGUCAGAACAGAGCUGUUGAAUUGACAUUGACAGAGGAAUGGGGAUGACAUAAUUUCACAGCAGUGCUGAGAAUUUUUGUGCAAUUUCAUAGGAGGUUCAGGAGGUGGGCAGGUUGAGGCCCAAAAUGAAUGCAGUCCAGCAACGGCUCCCAUCUCUUUGGGCAGAAUUUCAUUUUUUUUUUUUUUUUUUUUUUUGACAUUUACACAAGAUGGGUAGGGAAAAGGAAACAGGAAUGCUUUAGGACUUGUGGUAGUGGACCAUACCUGGGGACCAAAACUAUCCACUAUAAUGGAAGCUUUGUAGCCCCUGAUCUCUCCUAUUUUUCCACUCCACCCCACACUCCCAUCCUCAUCUCACACACAGAUGUCACAGUAUCACCCUGGUGGUGGCAGUAGAUAUCUACACAGACACUUAGAUGGAGCUUUUUCACCUUUGGAAAAUAUAGGGCAGGCAUGAAGGUGGUUAUGAUUAUGAAGUAGCUUUGAAUGCUUUAAACUGGAAUUGAAUGAGCAUUGAGCAUCUCUGACCAAUUUGCUCUUUCUCUGAUACCCCUUAUCCCACACCUAUCUUGGAAUUUCAUGAGCCUCAGGCAUUUCUAGUUACAAGCUAAAGACAGUCUUUUAGCAUUUCAUUAGUAUUUUCCAUGUACUGGGAAAGAGGUGUCUUCCAUAUGGAGGAGGCAGAUAGAGGAAAGAUAGAUUAUCUUCACCUCCCAUUCAUCCAGAAUUCUUGCUCCCCUGCUGCUGCCCCUUCAGUCUCACAGGCACAGGAAUGCUAUGUGAUGGCCAGCUGCUUCCCUCCUUCAGUUUUCAUCCACUGAAGCUGCUAAUUAGAAGAGUUCCGGAGGGAUGGCUUAGUAAUUCAUGGGGAUUUUAUUGAUUUUUUUUUUCCAUUUUGGGGUUCUGUGGGGUGGGGCGUGGGGAGCAGGAAUUGCACUCAGACAUGACAUUUCAGUUCAUCUCUGCUGAUGAUAAGGAUUCUUCCUGUUGGGAAAUUUGUGUUGUCUAGUCUGUCAGCUACAGGUUCUUGUAUAAUGAAGUCACUGCUGUUAGGCCAAGGAAAUAAAAUAAUUGCUUAUCUUAAAAAUAUA